CCGGGCGGGUAACUGCCCGGUAACAACGGAAAGUCCUUUGUUAGUCUGUGGUCUGACUUCGGUUGCAAUCUUGACAGCAGCAGUGAUCGCCGGACGAAGAGUAAGUACCUCGAGUGAUUGGGCAAAAUGGCAAAUAUCAAAAUCUUCGGAGGCAGCUCCCAUCAGGACCUAUCCCAGAAAAUUGCCGACCGCCUGGGCCUGGAGCUAGGCAAGGUGGUGACCAAGAAAUUCAGCAACCAGGAGACCUGUGUGGAAAUUGGCGAGAGUGUGCGAGGAGAGGAUGUCUACAUAGUGCAGAGUGGUUGUGGCGAAAUCAAUGACAGUCUAAUGGAGCUUUUGAUCAUGAUUGAUGCCUGCAAGAUUGCUUCAGCCAGCCGGGUUACUGCGGUCAUCCCAUGCUUCCCUUAUGCCCGGCAGGAUAAGAAGGAUAAGAGCCAGGCCCCAAUAUCCGCCAAACUUGUUGCAAAUAUGCUGUCUGUAGCAGGUGCAGAUCAUAUCAUCACCAUGGACUUACAUGCUUCUCAAAUUCAGGGUUUUUUUGAUAUCCCCGUAGACAAUCUCUAUGCGGAGCCAGCUGUCCUGAAAUGGAUAAGGGAGAAUAUCUCUGAGUGGAGGAACUGCACUGUUGUCUCACCAGACCCUGGUGGAGCUAAGAGAGCGACCUCCAUUGCACACAGGUUGCAUGUGGCCUUUGCCUUGAUUCACAAAGAACGGAAGAAGGCCGAUGAAGUGGACCGUAUGGUGCUAAUGGGGGAUGUGAAGGAUCGUGUGGCCAUCCUUGUGGAUGAUAUGGCUGAUACUUGUGGUACAAUCUGUCAUGCAGCUGACAAACUUCUCUCCGCUGGAGCCGCCAGAGUUUAUGCGAUCUUGACUCACGGAAUCUUUUCUGGCCCGGCCCUUGCUCGCAUCAACAGUGCGUGCUUUGAAGCGGUGGUCGUCACCAAUACCAUACCUCAGGAGGAUAAGAUGAAACACUGCUCCAAGAUACAGGCGAUCGACAUCUCCAUGAUCCUUGCAGAAGCCAUCAAGAGAACUCACAACGGAGAAUCUGUUUCCUACCUAUUCAGCCAUGUCCCUUUGUAAUAGAAUAACUUCAGGUUAUUCUAUUUUAAAAUAAGAUAAAAUAAAAA